AUGACGAUUUUCCAGGAGGUAGCCCCCGUCCUCUCGUGCUUCGCUCGCUUUGGCGGCGUCGCCUUCUGUCUCCUGCAAGUGGCCGACACCGUCAAGUGCGUGGGCCCGUCCAUGUUGCCAACGCUCAAUCGGGACGGAGAUAUCGUGCUGCUGGACAAAGUUACGCCGAGAUUCUUCCGGCAGUUCGAGCCUGGGGACGUGGUGAUUGCCAAAUCCAUGUCCAAUCCACGGCAGACCGUGUGCAAGCGGAUCAUUGCUCAGGAAGGAGACACGGUGUGUGUGCGGCCUCGCUCGAUGUCGAACGAGGUGGAAUUUCACAAGAUCCCUAAGGGUCACGUCUGGCUGGAAGGCGAUAACAAACGCGACUCGCACGACUCGAGGUAUUACGGUCCAGUGCCGCGUGCACUCGUGCAAGGACGUGUGGUGAUGAGGAUUUGGCCGCUGGAUCAAUUUAAAUGGAUGAAGAAAGAGGUGUCGCCACAGGCAUUUCGUGAGCGAUGA